CGGAAGCGUCCUGCUUGUUGUGGGUCGUCGUUGUCGGUUUGUGUUCGAUGCUGGUUCUGAUGGCUGGCUCGGUGGCUCGGGGUCUCUGUGUCUCGGCGCUGUUCCUGAACUUCCUGCUGCUGGUGGGUCGAACCGGACCGGUGUGGGCCGCGUCCGAACCGGGGAAGUGGACGGUUGACGUCAGCAGCCAAGCUCUGGAGAAUAAUCAGCAGUUCUUGGUCUUCAAAAAGACUCUGUUCAACAGCAGCGCCAUCCACCUGAAAGUUUUGUCUCACAGUUGUCCAAACGUUCCCGUCCUGCUGGAUAUCUCUUGGUAUCUGAGGAACUCUCACUGCUACAACGAGAUCUUCAGCCUGGAGGUGAGAGCCCGUCCUCUCGUUACACCUGACCUCUGCUGGUUGCCUGUUGCUGCAAGUGGAGCUACUAACCAGUCGUCGUCUCGUUCUACCUUCAGCCUGGUGGCAGAGAGCUGGGAGGACGGGCCCUACGUCUUCAUCCUCAGAGUCCAGGACCUCAGCAGGAACAAGGACAGCAAAGAUCCCUGGACCCUGCAGCUUCAGGUCAGCAUGGAGGGCCCUCACGGCUACAUCUCUGCCACCGAGUGGCCCCUGAUGAUGUUCUACAUGGUGAUGUGCAUCGUCUACGUGCUGAUGGCCGUGCUCUGGCUGGUUCUGUCCGCCUGUUUCUGGAGGGACCUGCUCAGGAUCCAGUUCUGGAUCGGAGGCGUCAUCUUCCUGGGGAUGUUGGAGAAAGCCGUUUACUACGCCGAGUUCCAGAGCAUCAGAUACGACGGGCUGUCAGUCCAUGGGGCGGUGCUGUUCGCUGAGGUGCUCUCGGCUGUGAAGAGGACUCUGGCCAGGGUUCUGGUCAUCAUCGCCAGUCUGGGAUACGGCAUCGUCAAGUGA